AUUUCAGUUCAAAGGCAUCCAGGCUGUACAAAUCUCUAAACAUAUCAGACAGCAUUGUAUACAAAUUUUCGACUAAUCGAGGCUGUUAAGGCGUAAAGUAAAAAAAAUUCCUAAAUCAGUCGGGCCUUUCGUACCACACCACCUAUACAUUCCGCCCACAAUGUCUGUACCGCCGACAUAUCCCGAACUGGGCAAGCUGGCCCGCGAUCUCUUCAAGCGCGGCUACCAUCCGGGAAUCUGGCAGAUCGACUGCAAAACCAUGUCCAACUCUGGCAUCGAGUUCUUCACCACUGGCUUCGCCAGCCAGGACAACAGCAAGGUAUCCGGUUCCCUGCAGAGCAAAUACAAAAUCGAGGACCAAGGUCUGACCCUCACGGAGCGUUGGGGCACGGACAAGUGGCUCUUCGGCGAAAUAAUGCAGCGCGACAAGUUGGCCCAGGGUCUGAUGCUAGCCCUCGAAGCCAAGGUUCAGCCGGAAUCAAACGAGGCUGAUGCCAAGUUUAAGAUGGGCUUUGCUCAGGAUAACUACAACUUUCUGGCCGACAUUGGACUAAACUCGGAACCGAUACUGAACUGCUCGCUGGUUUUGGGCCACAAGGAGUUCCUGGGCGGCGUGGGCGCAGAGUUUGACAUUGGGAACACCGAUUUCAAGGGCUGGAAGGUAGCCCUUGGCUGGACGAACGAAACAGCCACCAUCCAUGGCGAGUUGAAGAACGGCGACACCUGGUUGGCCUCACUCUUCUACAAGGCAAGCGAGAAGAUCGAUGUUGGUGCCGAGCUCACCAAAGGCGGCGGCGGAGGUGGUGAGCCAGGUCCCGAUGGUCAGCCACCGGCUGAGGCCGAGGGUGGCGGCGGAGAUGUGGGUGUCAGCCUGGGCAUGAUCUACCACCUGGAGGAGGACGCCCUCAUCCGCGCCAAGAUCAACAACGCUGUGGAGCUGGGCCUGGGCUAUGAGCAGAAGCUGCGCGAGGGCAUCACUGGCUCCAUAUCCGCUGUGCUGGACUGCAACAGCCUCAAGGACGGCAACCACCGGUUCGGCGUGGGCGUGGCCCUGCAGUGCUGAGCGCUUUGACGCCGGUCACUCAACGAUUUCAAUUUCCAAAUUGGUUUAACUUUAUUCGAAUGACAAAUAUAUUUAGCUUUUCAUCGUAGCAAAA